UGCGCCGAGGGCAGGAUGUGUGGAAUUCCCCUCACCCCCCGCGCCUCAGGCAAGCGAGCGCAGACUUAAGGUCCGUGGGCGGCCGAGGCCUGAGGGGACCCACGGCGUGCGGCUGUAGCGUGCCAAGUCUGCGUGCGCUUCGGGUCGUGGGGUUCCAGGCUCCGAGGGCAGCGACAGGAGAAGAACAGCGCUGCAGUGUUGAAGGUGGCAGAUACUGCAUCAUGGAUGCUCUCUCUGAAGCAAAUGGCACUUUUGCCCUCCGCCUUUUAAAGAUACUAUGUCAAGACAAUCCUUCUCGCAACGUGUUUUAUUCUCCUGUGAGCAUCUCCUCUGCCCUGGCCAUGGUCUUCCUGGGGGCAAAAGGAAACACUGCUGCCCAAAUGGCCCAGGCGCUCUCUUUGAACACAGAGAAGGACAUUCAUGGGAGUUUCCAGUCACUUCUUGCUGAAAUGAACAAACCUGGCACGCAGUACUUGCUCAGAACGGCCAACAGGCUCUUUGGGGAAAAGACUUGUGAAUUCCUCUCAACCUUUAAGGAAUCCUGUCUUCGGUUCUAUCAUGCUGAGCUGGAGCAGCUUUCCUUUGCCAAAGCUGCAGAGCAGUCCAGGAAACAUAUAAACACUUGGGUUUCAAAAAAGACUAAAGGUAAAAUUCAAGACUUGUUGCCAGGUAACUCCAUUGAUGCACAGACCAAGCUGGUUCUUGUCAAUGCCAUCUACUUCAAAGGAAGAUGGAAAGAGCAGUUCGAUAAAACAUACUCAAGUGAAAUGCCUUUCAAAAUAAGCCAGGUAGGGGAAGAUUUCAAAAAUUCUGCUAGUUUGAUGAAAAAGUAAAAUGGAAAAUUUAAC